UCUCCAUUUUUUUUUAUUGAUUUCACACACUUCCCUCCCACUCGAGCGCUGCAUUCCAUCAAAAAUUUUCCCUUCCAUUACUCGCAGUAACUCUCUCUCUCUCUCUCCCCUCCGCUGUUUCUUCUUUGUAAAGUUUUGAGCCCAAAUCGGAGCAACAAUGGCUGGCUACAGAGCCGAUGAUGAUUACGACUACUUGUUCAAGGUGGUUCUCAUUGGGGACUCCGGCGUCGGCAAGUCCAAUUUGCUCUCCAGAUUCACCAAGAACGAGUUCAAUCUCGAGUCCAAAUCCACCAUUGGUGUUGAGUUCGCCACCAGGACCUUGAAUGUCGAUAGUAAAGUUAUCAAAGCUCAGAUUUGGGACACUGCUGGCCAAGAGAGGUACCGUGCCAUCACCAGUGCCUACUAUCGUGGAGCUGUCGGUGCACUCCUUGUAUACGACGUCACUCGUCAUGCAACAUUUGAGAAUGUGGACCGGUGGCUAAAAGAACUGAAGAACCACACAGAUUCCAACAUCGUAGUAAUGCUUGUUGGCAACAAAUCUGAUCUUCGCCACCUUGUUGCUGUUCCAACCGAAGAUGGCAAGUCCUACGCCGAGAGGGAAUCACUCUACUUCAUAGAAACUUCUGCACUAGAAGCAGUCAACGUCGAGAAAGCCUUCGCCGAGGUCCUCACUCAGAUCUACCACAUCGUAAGCAAGAAGGCCGUUGAGGGCGGAGAAAAUGGAUCUGCCUCCUCUGUCCCUGCCCAAGGGGAGAAAAUAAACAUCAAAGACGAAUCGGGUCUAAACAGAAUCAAAUGUUGCUCGAGCUAACUUCGGUAAUAUGUCGGGAUGAUUUUGGAUUUCAUGUACUGUACUAUUUCUUCUUCUUCUUCUUCUUUUUUUUUUUUUCUUUUUUGGAAGAGAGACCAGGACCCAAAAAAAAGGUUAAGAAAAAGGAAGAUAUCCCCCAGACGAUCGAUCUUUGCUGUAUUACAGAAGGGUUCCUCGGCCACAUGAUUGGUUCGUGGUUGGCUGUUGUUGUCAAUCAUUAGCUGUGGUUUCUAUGGUAAAUGUCCUCCAUUUUAGUCUGUUAGCCCCCUUUGAGAUCUAUGAGAAUUCAUGAUGUGCUUAUGACGAUGAUGAUGAUGAACCCUUAUAUUCAUUCAUAUGUUGUUAAGUUGUUUUAUGAUGUGAACUUCAUAUUUAUAACAGUUAAAAUUACAUUUUUAGUCCA